CCCGGGCCGCCCGGCAGGCACUUGGGAGCUCCAGGCUGUGCCCGACGUGGGGAAGCGCGCCCAAACCAGCCCGCUGGCCGGCUCCCCGGCGACCCCAACGAUGCCAGAGGCCAGGAGCUCCGGCCCGGACCUCACGCGAUGGAGGAAGCAGCAGCAGCCUGUGCGCCGCACGGUCAGCCAGGUCUGCCCGCCCCCGCGGCGGCCCCUGACCGUGGCGGACAUCCGUUCCGGCAUGGAGAACGAGCGGCUGGGGGUCGUGCGGGACUCCAUGUUUCAGAACCCUCUCAUCGUCAAGGCUGAACUCGGCAAGCCCCGGGAAAGAAGCUACAGUCUGCCCGGCAUUAAUUUUAAUUAUGGACUCUACAUCCGAGGGCUUGACGGAGGAGUCCCUGAAGCCAUCGGACGCUGGAACGUGUUUAAGCAGCAGCCCACCUGCCCCCAUGAGCUGACCCGGAAUUAUAUUGCAAUGAACCGCGGGGCGGUGAAAGCCGGCCUGGUGACUGCCCGGGAGAACUUGCUCUACCGUCAGCUCAACGACAUCCGCAUCAGUGACCAGGAUGACCGGCGCAUGAAGAAGGAGCUGCCCCCUCUCCCUCCAGACAUGACAUUUGGGAUCCGGGCACGGCCUUCCACACCCUUCUUUGAUCUGCUGCAGCACCGGUACCUGCAGCUGUGGGUACAGGAACAAAAGGCCACCCAGAAAGCCAUCAAACUGGAGAAGAAGCAGAAGGUGGUCCUUGGGAAGCUGUAUGAGACCCGGAGCAGUCAGCUGAGGAAGUACAAGCCGCCCGUGAAGCUGGACACCCUCUGGCGCAUGCCUCACUUCCAGAAGGUGGGCCGCCACCUUGAUACGUUCCCCACCGAGGCCGAUCGUCAGAGAGCAUUAAAAGCCCACCGGGAAGAGUGUGCCGUGCGCCAGGGGACCCUGCGGAUGGGCAACUACACCCACCCCUAGCCCCUCCCUCCCCUGCCACGAGAAGCCAUCUUGACAUAGUGGAAAAUUCCCAGAAGGACUCCCUAUCUUGCCCCAACCCUGACAUUCCCCCAUUUUUAUGCAGGUUCUGCUUCAAGGAGCUCAGAUUCAAGUCUUAGGCUAAUUGUUUUUGGUAAAAGUCCCCCCUUUUAGGUUAGCCAACAUUAGUCUCCACUUAGCCCCAGUGACCCUCUACCUGGAGCCUCCUCCUCUCCUCCUCCUUCUCCUCCUAGGGCAGGCUCACCCUGCCUCUUCUCAAGCCCUCACCUGCCAAGACAAGCCCAAAUUACAAGACAAUUUUUUAGACUUCAGGCUAAGGGUCGAUUCCAUGGCUCUGCCCAUUAAGUGUUAAGAACGACCUGUGUAUUUGCUGCAGAAAGCAUGACAGUGACGUGCUUUGAAAGCCCUCAUUUUCUAUUCCAAACAUGAGUUUUAAUUGCUCUUUUUGGGAUGCCUGAUGUCUCAUCACGGCAGUAUUAUCUCUCUGGGACCUCUGACAGCAGGAAGAGCCAAUGGUUCAUUACUCAAGCCUGCCCCCGCCUCCUCAGUGCUGGGGCCCCGUCAAUCAAGCAGGCCAAGUUGGACUCCUCCCCCAGGACUGACUUUGGAAGGUCAACCCACUCUGGAAAAAGCCUUCCAGGCCAGGGGGUAGACUGCCGAACACGGGCUGCUGAGCUUCUCAGCCGAAUUCCCGGGCACUUCCUCACUCGGUCUUUCCGUGUGUUCUUUGGAUUCUCUCUGCAAAUUUUAUGCUGAUCUAUUUUAAAUUAAAAAUGCUAUUUGUCAUCCUC